AUGUCUUCACUCGAAAAAUUUUGUUGCGCAGAAAGCAAGCCGCCAGGUAGUGCGCCGUUAUGGUUCAUACCUGACAAGCAGUCUCGCGAGCUACUUCAGCAGCACAGAGAAAGGAUUACAGCGAAGACAGAAUGGGAGACGGUGCGGGAGUUGCUCGAGAAGGAGUUGAACCGUUUCCCAUGUCGUGUAGGGAGCAGGGAGCUAGAAGAUGUGACCCGCAACCCUUUAUUUCAAAACCUGGUUUCGGGUCAUAUACUUUCAGUCAGCGCCAUUAAGAAAUAUACGGCAGAUUUUAAUGAAGGCAUUGAGAAAUGCAAGCGCAAGAAGGAUAGUGAAAGCAUGAAGCUGGUAAUUAUUGGUGUUGAUUGUAUUAGUCUUUGUGUUCUUACGCCGGGCGCCGUUGCGCUAGCUUUGUUACGGGCAAUGCCUUGUGUAUCUCGUCGACAAAACGUCGGAUAUGGAGCCUCUAGAAUCCAACAUAGUGUAGUAAUAUUUAUGAUUGCCAUGCUUACAUCUUCAUUAAACGUUCGAAAACUGUCUUACGAGGACGUCUUGGAUAAAGAGCAGCGCCGACGUCAGAAACUUGAAAGUACAAAAAGUAGGGCUAUGAUUUCAUUCAUACUAUCAUCCACAGCACGACGACGGAUCUCGACGAAGAUUAUGCCCUCUGUGAGCGAUGAGGAAUGGGAUGAAGAGAGAGGGGGUGAGGAGGGUGAGGAUGCCAUUGAGAUUGAAGAUGGAGAAGAUGAAACAGUUGUAGAUAAUGGAGUGGAAUUGCUGUUUGGAGAAUUUUCGAGAUUUGGGGCCACAUCGCCAAAGCAUAAUAGGGAUUGGAAAAAAACUGCUCCGCUCAUGCAAAGACGGCUAUAA